AGGACUAAAAUAUGUGUCAGCUCCUUAUGGAGCCACAGAAGUCCUUAACACUACGUGUCAUCAUACAAAUACUCAAAAGCUAACAUGUGUAAGAUGAGCAUGCCAUGUACGUACACCAGGAAGCCUUUCUUAGUUCUCUUAACAUAUCCAGAUCAGUUUCCCUACACAAAAUCAGUUAUAAAAUGCAUCGCUUGUCUUCAUCUACCACACAACUCAAUAUCAAAGCUUACAAAUCUUAGCUUGCGAACAAAAAUUCAAGAAAUAACAUAACAAUAACUUGUUUAGUUAUUGUUUAAUAAGAAAAUGGAUCGAUUGAGAGAUGAAUAUGGAAACCCAGUUCGUCAAACCGACGAAUUUGGGAACCCAGUUCAGCAUACAGGCACCAUGGGUGCCUAUGAAACGGGCGCUCAGGGAAUGCACACUGCAACUGGAACUGGAUACGACACAAGUGUGGGCAUGGGUGGUACACAGCAACUACAUCACCAUCAGAAGCCUCAUUAUCACACUGGUCUUACUGGGACUGAACACCGGACUGGCAUGGGUGGCUACGACACAGGUACUCAUGAAACUGGUCUUACUGGGACUGAACACCGGACUGGCAUGGGUGGCUACGACACAGGUACUCAUGAAACUGGUCUUACUGGGGUGGGAAUUGGGACUGGACACCGGGCUGGUAUGGGUGGGUAUGAUACAGGCCGUGUUGGUAUGGGUCAGAGAGGUCAUGACAGUGGUGUUACUGGCAGUACAGGAAUUGGAACUGGACAUCGAAGUGGUAUGGGUGGGUAUGACACAGGUGUGGCCGGUAUGGGUGGUACCCAGCAAUUACAGCAUGAGAAGCAUCAUGACACUGGUCUUACUGGUACACUUCAUCGCUCUGGGAGCUCUAGUUCUAGCUCUUCGGAGGAUGAUGGGCAAGGUGGAAGAAGGAAGAAAAAGGGACUAAAACAGAAGAUAAAGGAAAUAUUACCUGGAGGAGGAGGAGGGAACAAGAACCAGCAGGAAUAUGGGUCUACCACAACUCCUGGGUAUGAUGCACAUGGCCGCCACCAGGGCUAUUAUGAACACCAGGAGAAGAAAGGAAUUAUGGACAAGAUUAAGGAUAAGCUACCCGGAACUCAUCGCUCAUGAAAAUAUAAUAUAUAAUUGCUUGCAUUUCUGUUUUGGUUUUGUCAUUUUCAUUUUUGUAGUAUAGAAGAAGUUGUUGUGCAAGUAGA